CGUCUUUUCAUCCAAACACGGCUCUGCGACGUCUAGUGCCUAGCCGGAGCACGACAAUAGAGCCCAAUGCUCCGUCGACAACGCGCUUUCUUCGCCAGCGCGCCAAACACAGCCUGGAGAGCUCGCGAUGCCAGAGGGAUGACAGCAGUCGUCGCGAAUGCGCUGCUUCCCUCGGGCACAUAUAGACCGUGCAGUGCUCUUCCGUCUCCCGCACGCUUCCUCCGCUCAGAAUCCCACGCUGAGCUCCGCCGCGACCCUUCUCCCGCGAACUAUCCACACCUCCGGCCUUCUUCAGUUGCCCACGCGGAACGUAUAGCGUCUUCGUGCAGGGUCGGAGAAGCUAGCAGCAUGCCUAGAAGUGUGCUCGCAAGGGUGGUGGCAAUUCAAAGACAGGUCGCGCAUCGCCAGGAUCAUCACAAGCUUGGGGAGACCAACCAGCGCACUAGAGGGGUGAAGCAGAGGCAGCGUCGCUCAGCUGCACGAGACAAGAGCAAGGGCGAGACUACAUUGCUUCGGGAAGCAGCAUCGAGCGAGGAAGACAGCGUUGGUGGUUUUGGCGACGAAUUCGGCCUCGAUGAGGACUCGGAUGCGAUGAUACAGGAUAUCCUGGAGGACGAUGGAGAGGAAAUCGCGACUGCCAAUUCCAUCUAUCUUGCAAAUCGCGACCAAUUGCGCAGAAUCAUCGGCCUUUCGCAUUACACCAGAAGGAUGCAGUCGGAAAUCGCAGCAGCAAUUAUCGACUCAUUGACGAAACUCCGAGCCCUCCUAGAGGCACACGGGAACUGCCCCAAUGCUACUGCCGCAGCUUCCUUCCAGGAGCUUCGCAUAAUCGAAGCCAUGCAAAGGAGAACGACGGUUCUCGAGCGGACCCAGCGAGACGCUGCUCGAGAAAAGACAAGAACCAUCUUAUUUCUGUCGCUGGCGCAUACGUACCGGAAGCUACAACGGCACACACUGGUGAACAGGGCCCAACUCGAUGAGGUGUCGUAUGCAGCUCAAUCAGCUAAGCUGUUUUUGGACUCAAAGGCGCACAAUGUCUGGCUCACAGCAUUUGAGCUCGUAUACGGGUUACUCCCUCUUCGCGGAGAUGCUGUUGCGCCUUCUCGACACUUCUCGCUCUCGAACCCCCUUCAUAACUAUGCGCGCCUCAUCGCUUGCCUCCAUCAUCACUUAUAUAUCGUGAGUCGGCUCUAUGCUGAGGUCAAGAAGUGCACCAGGGCACUGAAAGAUCUCACGAUGCUAGAGAACAGCGGGCUCGGCCUGACUUACAGUUGCAUGUGUUUGUUCACGGCCCGCUUCUAUGACCUCCUUGAGCCGUUGUCGUCAAUCAAAGCCUGGACCUGGCGCCGCUGGACUCCUUUGCUACCCUCUACAGCACGCUACGCCGAGUCGUUAGCCGCUUCACUUGCUCAUAUCGACGAGCGUGCUCUGCACCUCCUGCGGGAUAUUGCGAGCGACAUAGAGUCCGAGAUUGCUCGGUUUCGGUCACAUCUGUUGGCCAAAACGGGAGCUAUCAAUGCAUCCGGGACCCUAUUACAGUUCACGGAGACUAUCAGACGACAGCUCAUUGAUCGUCGCUUAGAUACAUACAAGGCUGAAUAUGGGAAGGAGUCCUAUCACUUCCUCUGGCGAUGCGGCUACAGGCCCUCGAACUGGCUUAUCAGAGUCUGCGGACAGAAGGUUCCUAGCCGCCGCAAGGCCUUGGUGCAAAUACGGAAAGAUUAUGCCUCCCCGCUUCGCCUACACUAUGUCCAUUCUGAGUUGAAGAUGAACAAGCUUAGAUUGCCCAAGAUCCCCUUAGAGAGAUCUGCUUCGAGACGCGCGGACCGCCGAAAGCCGGGGAAAGCCUUGGACCAGCUACGGAGGCCACUCUUUUCGACACCUUUGUGCCACGAUGCACAACACCAAACGAAUGGAACCGCCAAGGCUGCCAAAGCAUCAAGCAGCGUGCUAUCAACAUCACGCCGGUCGCCGCAUCAGGGCAGUGCGAUUCUUACAGCCGGAUCGUCAAGUGAAGCUCGGGGGAGGACGAAACAGCCGGGCCACAUCAGGAAACCAGGAGAUCGCCAGCGCGCGGAGACACAUUUCAAUGCGCGGCUGCAAGCCAGGACCCCCACAUUCAACGCUGAUAGCCCUUUCUCAUUGACCGCAAUGAGUGGCUUUCCCAUAACAGCCAAGAAUUCUCUUCUGAGGCGAACGUGCAACAUCCUAGAGCUUAGAGGCGCACAUUACCCGGGUAAGAGGGCCAAUACCAAACCCCAGAACGACCGAGGCCGCAAACGCAAAGUAUUCUCCGAACCGCAGGUCAGACCGCAGGACGACACGCACAGCGAUCGGCGACUAAGAGACCGAGUCGCAAAGAUCGGGCCAAAUCGCACUUGCCCCGUACGCCGUGUCCCCGUCGAUGAGACACCUCACCAGCUGCGAUUUGAACCGUCGCCACGAAUGAGAGCACCGCAAUCAACCCCCUUUUUCGCCGAGAGUUCCGUGUCCAAACAACAUUCUGUGGACGGCUGCGGCGGCGUGAAUGGUCCUGAUCGCAACGAUGAAGCUCAGGACAGCGGUGACAGUCCAAGUCCGGUAACAAACCAAGGUACCACUUCUGACAAAGGCGACGAUCGCCCGAACAGUAACCCGCCCAACAACGAGCAGCGCCCGCCGCCACCAAACAGCAGCAUGAGAGAAUCGUCAGAUCCAGAGUACCCUAGCGAAAGCGAGCACGAGAGCGACUCUGAGGAUGAGCUUGACACAGAGGAGGACGCGGAGGAAGAGCACAUACCACUCUCCUAUCAGAUACCCCCUGACUUGCUGCGUGCAGCCAUGGAAGCUUCUCCAAACACCCAGGCCAGCUACUGGAGUCAGAGGCUAUACCGCGGUCCGCACGAUGAACAUCUCUCUACGCAUUACUGCAAGACGAUAGAAGUCGCAGAGCGGGUUGCCAAGUAUUUCCUAAAGGAGAAGGUCGUAGGAUUCGACAUCGAAUGGAAGCCUUUUGCGUUUCCCAACUCCAUCAAGGAGAAUGCGUCCCUGAUUCAGCUCGCUUGUGAGGAUCGGAUAGCGCUCUUUCAUAUUGCUCAGUUCUCCGGAAGGACAGCGCAACAGCUAGUCCCUCCGACUCUGAAGACCAUCCUCGAGUCUCCAGACAUUUACAAGGUCGGAGUCGCCGUCAAGGCCGACUUUACCCGUUUGAGGAACUACCUCGGCAUCCAGGCCCGGGGUGUCUUUGAGCUCAGCCGCCUCUACAACCUUGUCCAGCAUCAAGCGACCGAUCCGAGCAAAGUCAACUUCACUUUGGUAUCCCUCGCAAGGCAGGUGCAGCAGCAUCUGCUGCUGCCACUAUACAAAGGCGAGACCCUAGCUGAUGGCACGAAAGAUAAAGAAAAGGGGAGUGUUCGCGAAAGCGAUUGGAGUCAGGCUUUGGACACGGAUCAAGUCCGGUACGCUGCCGCCGAUGCUUACGCAGGCUUCCGUCUCUUCGACGUGCUCGAGUCGAAGCGGAAGAAGCUCAAGCCCACGCCUCCGCUGCCCCGUCUUUGCGACCAAGAUCCGGUGAGGGAGGAACGACCGAAGACGAAGAAGCUCAAGCCUAAGGCUGCGAAGAAGAUCAAAGAAGAUACGGCGAAGGUAACGGCCGGGGCAUUAGAGGAGGAAUUGGAAGGCGCCGAGGAAGACACGCAGGAAUACGAAACCGCGCCUGAAGAGUUUGCGGACAGCGACGAGUCCGAAGAGUUGGAAUCAGAGUCCUCGUGUAGUGAUGAUGACCCAGAUGCCGACUAUGUCGCAAGACGUGUGGGGCGGUUGACCAUUGGGCGGGAUGCAGAAGGUUCUACAGCAACGUCGCGUACAAACACGAGACGCGUCGGCCGUAUUGCUCUAUCAAGGGUUGGCGUUACCGACCCCGGAUAUCCGGUACUCCCUCCCGUAUCCUCCGAGAACGGCUCGGAAGAGUCCAAUGCCCUUGAUGCUCCCGCUAAGACUCCUCUGCGAAGGCACGAAAGUACCCCUGAUAUUUCAUUGCCACAAGUGGAUGUCGAGAUGGGAGAACACGAAUUCUCGGACCCUGAACUUGAGGAAGCCCUCAUUGCUAUGGACAUUGAGAAGCCUAAGGAGGCGGAGGAUGUCAACGUGACAGGGGAGCAGACGGAAGCCGAGACGGUGCUGCUGCCCUCCGAACCGAUUGAGCAGCUUAGCGAGACUGAGGCCAUGGACCUGGAUACCAACAGCGCAUCCGCAAGGGCGGAAGACACAAUCCAGGAGCAAAGAGAUCCAUCUGUCGAUGCAUUCAUUCCUUCCGAAACUCUGCAACCUUCCACGCCCCCGACCCCGACUUUUAAACCACUCGUCCUGGACACAUCUUCCCACACACCCGAAUACCUCCAUGCUUCCGACUGGGCGCAAUCCUACCUGCACUCCACCAUUCCCUCCGCCUCUUCGCCUUCCUCUCGGCCCUCCCGUAUCCGCGCCACGAUGGCGCAUCUCCGAGCUUACCAUCUAUGGCAUCACCAGCAGCUUCCGCUAGACGAUAUCGGUGCGCAUUUGAGGGAUCCGCCACUAGCGCAGAGUACGAUUUCGAGUUAUAUAUUGCAGGCUAUCAAUCUGGAAAGGCUGGAGUAUAGUGAUGAGAAGUUGAGGGGUGUAUUGAUGGGUCUACCGCCGAGUGUGAGGCUCAGGAGGUGGGGAUGGUUAAGUAGGAGGGUGGGAAUUACGCAGUGAUGGGAUAGGCUCUUGAGAUAUACCCUGUAUUGUAUGUAUAUUGUACAUAGCAUGGCAUUUUGGGGGUUUGAUAUUGAGUAUUAGACAUCUCGG